AUGGGUAAUUACCUCUUCCCUCUUCUACCUCCUCAGCAUUCUGGCAAAUAUUCCAAUAACUACAACAGCUACGGAAACUCGCAAUACGGCUCCGGCGGCGGCGGCGGCGGCUUCAUGCCCGGCGAAGCGAACAGCCCAGCGGGUGGAAAGGGCGACUUCAACAACACCACCCUCCGCCCUAUCACCGUCAAACAAGCACUCGACGCCUCGCAGCCCUACCCAGAAGCGAACUAUCAGAUCGACGGCGCCGACGUCUCAAGCCUCUGCUUCAUCGGACAAGUCCGCAAUAUCAGCUCGCAGAGCACAAACGUCACAUACAAGAUCGACGACGGCACCGGCGAGAUCGAAGCGAAGCAGUGGAUCGACUCUACGACAGCCGAUAACAUGGACACGGACGACGGCGCCAAGGGACCCGGCAAGCCUGGAAAGGAUCAGGUCGAGUUAAACGGCUACGCGAAGAUCUUCGGCAAAUUGAAGGCGUUCGGGAAUAAGCGGUUUGUGGGCGCGCAUUCUGUUCGUCCUGUGACGGAUAUCAAUGAGUUGCAUUUCCAUCUGCUGGAGGCUGCCGCGGUGCAUUUGUUUUUCACGAGGGGUCCCCCGGGUGGUGCUGGCGCUGGCGGCGCUGGCGGUAAUGCGGUUGGGGCCGGAGGUGAUGCCUCGAUGGGCGGCGUCGAUGAUUACGGAGCGGCUGGGAACCGGGCUUUGCCUUCUAUGACGCCCGCCGCAAAGCGCGUCUACAAUCUCCUGAAGACGGAGCCGCAGAAUAACGAAGGCUUGCACGUCCAGAUGAUCGCGGCGAAGUUGGGUCUGCCGUUGCCCGAUGUGUCGCGCGCCGGAGACGAGCUGUUGACGGCGGGUAUGAUCUUUCCGACGGUGGAUGAGCAGACUUGGGCCCUGUUGGAUUACUAG